GCAACUUUUACAGUAGUGAGUGUCGCGAGACUCGCGACUGUGGGUGUUAGACUGUGUGUUCGGGUUAGGAAGUAUUGUUUUUCUUUCAAAAAUGUCUACAUUUCCAGCUGCGGAAUACACCCCUCCACAGCCGAAGCUAAAAAUCUGCCCAGUUGCUAAACUCAGCCCAUACCGGGAAGUGUGGGUAAUAAAAGCUCGUGUUGAAAAUAAGACAAUACAAUUAAUUUCAAAUCAAAAAGGAGAAUGGAGACUAUUUUCUGUGAAAUUGGUUGAUGAAUCUGGGGAGAUAAAGGCAACAGCAUUUAAUCAAGUGUGUGACAAAUUUUAUGGUCUCAUAACGGAGGGGAGAGAGUAUUUCAUCAGUCAAUGUAAGCUGAAACCAGAAAACAAGAGAUAUAGCGAAGUGAAUCACGAUUACCAAAUGACGUUUACAAAUCAGACAAUAGUUAUACCUGUGACGUCUCCUGGCGAGACAUUCACAUAAUCGUUGUAAUAUAUGAAAAAUAAGAAACAUUUGUAUGUAUUAUUAUUUCAUUUCUGUAUGAAUGGUUGUUGAUUAUGCGGACUCUGUAAAAGAAGAAACAAUCUUUUUGUUUGUGCAAUAAUUAUGUAUCUAUAUCUAUGUGGUCAGCGAGUGUAGAAAUUGAAGCAGACAAUGAUAAUUAGAAAAGAUAACAAAGGUUCGUAUUAAAUUGCCUAUAAAUAGUGGAGGUUAAACCAUUACUCUGUCUGUCUUCUUGUAGCCAUUAAAGUCUUAAGAUCCUGUAAUGCUCAAUUGAAUGCUUGGUUAGCUUUCUUUUGUUGCUUGUUCGAGAAAGAUGCCAUUGGAGGCUGGUGAAUGAGAAAGGUGUACUUUAAAUUUAUGUUGAUUUUUGAAUAUAGAAAUUGUUAAAAAUAC